AUGCCUAACAACAAUUCGACCCAUAUCCUUACUCCACAUGAGGUAGGAAUCCUCCGGGACAUUGAGGUGGGGAAGUACUUUUUUCUGGCUACCGCUGCCGCUAUGUACUGGGAUCACAUAUGCACACUCUCUGCAGAGAUAGAGGUCGUAUGGAAGAAGAAGAGGAAGACACCAUGGGUUAAGGGAGAUGUAUGUGGCCACUUCAUGUACAUGGUGUCCCUUGGUGUCAACCUCCCUCUUACUCUUUUCCCUGGUAUCCUCAUGGCCAUCCGGGUCUACGGUCUGUGGGAACAGAAGAAAGUCAUUAUCAUUCCUUUGUUAGCGUACCUAGUCGCUCAAUUAGCGGUAGGGAUAUGGGUAUACGGUCAAAAUGGUGUCAGCCAGGGCCCCGGUAACACCAUUCUUAACAAUUAUCAGUACCAUUUUUGCUUGAUUUUAGCUCCCGUUAGACACGGCAUCGACGUGAACAUAAUCUACGUAUUCAUGUCAUUAGCCUACGAUACCUCAAUUUUCGUCCUAACAAUGGGCCGAACGAUAUACAUACAUGCCCAGACACAAGGAACACCAAUGAAGUGGUCCAAUCUCUCCAUUCUCAUGCAAUGUCUCGUUCGUGACGGCAUGCUGUACUUUGGAUGUAUCUUCGCGAUCAACUUGGUCUGGGUGCUCAUGGAGAUGCACGGAACCGUAGAGCUUCGUUCGAUCACCGCCAUGCCCGCAUCUAUGAUAGAGAUGAUUAUGAUCAAUCGCAUUACUCUCAACUUACGCCUGGUAGUUUACGGGGAACCCAAUGUCGAUGAACACACCCGGGAUGGGGUUCCACUGGCCCUAAUCAACUGGAAGGCUCGCAAUGUCUACUAUAACGAAAGCUCGAUCGGAGUACGGACGACGGUGGAUACUGAAGUAUAUUCCACCAUCCAAAUCUGA